AAAAAACUGUUUGCUUACUGUGAUUCUGUAGUAUCUUGGUUCCACUAUUUUUCCAUCCGUACCUCUUUCAGGCUUCAUUUUUUUGGUGUAACUGUGCCUAUCCAAAUCCAAAUCCAAAUCAGUAAAACCACCGCUCGGACCAGCAAAAGGAACAUCCCGCACCUUGAUAUUGGAUCGGACGGUCCGUAGUGUACCUUGGAAAUUAAAUUUCUUAGAAAACUUAGGGGAUCCACGUUGCUCGAAGGGCCCGUGUUUUCUCACCAUUGCUGAUUCCAAGGGGGGCGAACAACGAACCAACCAAGGCUGAGCCGCUGAGGUCUUCGCAAAUUGAGUCCCGUUUCGAGAAGCCCCAAGGAUCACUAUUUACUGGGAUCGAUAAUUCCUCGAUAAUCUCUCCCCAUCCCGCGCCCCUAACAUGGAGGCCGAUAUCAGAGCCGCUAUUCCGGAUAUCGAUCCUGUUGUCUCCGAAUAUUCGGUAGGCUAUCUUAGACAUGCAUCCACCGCGUGGGUCGGCGAUGAGGAAUCCUCAGGUCUGUCGCCGCUUGCCGAGGCUGCUGCUGCUAUCACUGAGCUCCUUCUGUCCGCUUCCGGUGAUGAGGCUGGGUCCAACCAGGAAAAGAUUCGUUCCCUAGUCUCGAAGUGGGUUGACAAGUAUGAGGAAGCUAACAGCGGCAAUGGUGAAAGACGAGGGCCGUCCGCUGUGAGGCGACUAGACCAGGCUAUCCAGGUCGGCGCCCAACGAAAUAUGUCCUCCACCCUAGCCGUAGCUACCGGCAGCAUUGAUCUAGAAUCUGCCAACAGUCGUAAGGUAGAAUCUAAGGUUGAUCGAAAGAAGCUCGAGAAAGCCGAGCGUAAAAUCGCCGCCAAGCAGAGCAAGAAGCAGUUCAAGACGGUUGAGUAUGAAGCUUCUAGACUGCUCAACCAGCCCGAGGACGCUCAGAGCUAUGAAGAGUUUUACAUGGCUGUUAACCCCUUACAGCUUGGCUCUGGCAGCGGUGCCGGCAAGACCAAGGAUAUCAAACUUGAAAAUAUUGAUGUUGGUAUUGGUGGUACCCGUAUCCUAACGGACACGGAUUUGACGCUGGCAUAUGGACACCGAUAUGGUCUGGUUGGUCACAACGGUGUUGGUAAAUCUACGCUACUCAGGGCGCUCUCGAGGCGAGAGUUACCAGUACCUACUCAUAUCUCCAUUCUUCACGUCGAACAAGAGAUUACCGGUGAUGACACAACCGCCUUACAGGCCGUCUUGGAUGCCGAUGUUUGGCGAAAGGUGUUACUCAAAGAGCAAACGGAAAUAACAGCUCGUCUUGCCGAUAUUGAGUCACAACGAUCGUCUAUGGCAGAUACUUCGGCAGAUGCUGCGAAGUUGGAUCAUGACCGUGAAGCUCUUGACCAGAAAUUGGGAGAAAUCCAGGCCAAGUUGGCCGAGAUGGAAUCAGACAAGGCAGAAUCCAGAGCUGCUAGUAUCUUGGCAGGUUUAGGUUUCUCCCCUGAGCGCCAGCAAUUCGCAACCAAGACAUUUUCUGGUGGUUGGCGUAUGCGUCUGGCUCUAGCUAGGGCGCUUUUCUGCGAGCCUGAUCUACUACUUCUCGACGAACCGUCUAACAUGUUGGAUGUUCCUUCAAUCACUUUCCUUUCCAACUACCUUCUCACAUAUCCGAGCACUGUCCUGGUAGUCAGUCACGACAGAGCUUUCCUAAACGAAGUGGCGACAGAUAUCAUACAUCAGCACUCGAUGAGGCUCGAUUACUACAGGGGAGCUAACUUCGAGUCCUUCUACGCCACCCGAGAGGAGCGUAAGAAGACUGCGAAGCGAGAGUACGAAAAUAACGUGGCGCAGCGCGCUCACUUGCAGGCUUUCAUCGACAAGUUCCGAUACAAUGCUGGCAAGGCUGCCGAAGCACAGUCGCGUAUCAAAAAGCUGGAGCGUAUGCCUAUUCUGGAGCCUCCAGAGACAGAAUAUAGUGUCAAGUUCAAAUUCCCAGAAGUGGAGAAGUUGUCACCUCCGAUUGUUCAGAUGUCAGGAGUCACAUUCGGAUAUACCGAAGACAACAUUCUAUUGCGAAACGUGGAUCUAGAUGUACAGUUAGAUUCACGAAUUGGUAUUGUAGGACCCAACGGUGCGGGUAAAACUACUAUCCUUAAGCUGCUCAUCGGCAAGCUAUCGCCGACCAAGGGUAUCAUCCAACAGAACUCGCGCCUGCGUAUCGGCUUCUUCGCGCAGCACCACGUCGACGCGCUCGACCUGACCAUGAGCGCCGUUAGCUUCAUGGCUAAGACGUACCCUGGUCGCACGGACGAGGAGUAUCGCCGUCAACUUGGCGCGUUUGGCAUCACGGGCACAACGGGUCUACAGAAGAUGUCAGUCCUAUCCGGAGGUCAGAAGUCUAGGGUCGCGUUCGCGUGCCUGGCCCUCACGCAGCCGCACAUCUUAGUUCUGGACGAGCCGUCUAACCAUCUCGAUAUCGAGGCCAUGGACGCCUUGUCCGAUGCGCUGCGCGAGUUCCAGGGAGGUGUGCUUAUGGUUUCCCACGACGUGACUAUGUUGCAGACCGUAUGUACGAGCUUGUGGGUUUGCGAAAACGGAACCGUCUGGAAGUUCCCCGGCGAUGUCCAGGCGUACAAGAAGAGGAUCACGGCGCAGGCGGAUGCUGCGGGUGUGGUGAAGGCGCAUUAAAGGAGGAAAAAAAAAAAAAAAAAAAAAAA